CCAUGGGAAUAAUCAAGAAAAAUAUGGCCAACUUCACCGGUGAUUCUUAUCCACAUUACGACCAGCUCAGCGAGAAAUGGCAGUUAGGAGACAGGCUGUAUAUUCCCCCAGAAACAGCCGACGCCUUCAAGACGCGUGCAGAGGGCAGCGAGACUACAGUAUUUUUCGUGCUGUAUAAUCGAAUCAAUAACGCUCUCAAAAGCAAUUUGAAGGAAGGAACAGUCAUCAAUUCCCGGGUGUUAUCAGUGGGGUUUGAUCGAGAUCUGAUAAACCCGUUACCCAAACCUGUCGUCAUUUCCUUCACUAAAUAUCAGAUGGAUAACUUAACAAGUCCAGUUUGUUCAUUCCUCGACUUCAGCAACAAAACGUCAGGUGAUUGGUCGAAUCAUGGUGUCAAAAUGACGUCAUUUGAAGGUAACAAGAUUGAGUGCGAAAGUAACCACCUGACAAACUUUGCUGUUCUCAUGCAAGUUAAAAAAUUCAAGAUUUCCAAACCACAUACACAGGCCUUGCAGAUGAUUACAUACAUCGGCUGUGGCAUCUCGUUGUUUGGCCUGGCUCUCACCCUGGCCACCUUCCUAUCUCUUGAGACGUUGGCGUCUGAACGAACAUCAAUCCACAAGAAUCUAGUGGUAGCCAUAGGACUCGCACAGAUCAUCUUCUUGGCUGGUAUUGACGUAGUUUAUAAUCCUAUUGCUUGUAAGAUCGUUGCGUUAUGUCUUCACUACCUCUACACGGCAGCAUUUACAUGGAUGUGUUGUGAGGGUCUUCAUCUUUACACCAAAGUUAUCGAGGUCUUCAGCUCUGAAGCCAGCAAAAUGAAGUACUACUACAUGCUAGGGUGGGGAGUUCCUCUCAUCAUCGUGAUCAUCUCAGCUGCAUCACGAAUAGACGGCUACAGCACAGAAUAUGCGUGCUGGAUAUCCAUCGAUCAUGGUUUGAUUUGGGCGUUUGUCGGCCCUGUCCUCGUCAUAAUGUGUAUCAAUUUCGUUGUCAUGGUGAUGGUUAUCAAAGUCAUCCUCGCUUCUGUGACAUCAAUUCAGAACCCCGGCAACACUUCACAAGUUAAGGCUGGUCUGAAGGGUAUGGUCGUACUCCUGCCUUUACUCGGGCUAACAUGGGUGUUCGGGCUGAUGGCAGUCAACGAAAAAACCAUUGCUUUUCAAUACAUCUUUGCCAUCCUCAACUCCCUUCAGGGUCUUUUCAUAUUCGCCUUUCACUGCAUUGGUAACUCUGAGGUGCGUGUUGCUUACAAAAGACUCCACGAGAAACGAACUCUUGCUAAGAGUCUACCUGAACAUUCUUUGUCAUCUGGCAACCACCAUAAGAAUGUAGAGGAAUUUAACAAGCGAAGAAUGAACUCACGUGAAACCAACUCUACUGGAGACGAGGAUAUCAUUGUUACCAAAGCCAUUCGAAGUGUCUCAGAUGUGAAGCUGACUGGUGGAACUGAUCACGUGGCCAUGCAGACAUUCGGAGAUGCUGAUUCGGGACGCUGGUCACUAAACUGUCCUUCACCCGACCCCCCGUGCAUCGUUUUCCAGUCCGCCACCAAGGAUCCCCGAGGAAAUCCCCGCUCAGCUCCAGAUAUUCUUAACGGUCCGAAAGCAACGCCUCGAGAAAGCUAUAGAAGCGACGGAAACUACCCGACUGACAGACACAGAUAUAGAGGAGGUAACCAAGACAACAGACGCGAAGAAAGUAGCUCUACCAACAAAUACCAAAGAUUUUAGAAGGCCACAAAAACGUAGGAAAGCRUCAAAGUCUAGACACUGAAAAAAAAAAACAGUUUUCAUUCAGGAUUUAUACCUGAAUACCUUAAACAAGCAUUGUAGUCGUUCAAUAGAUGGUUUUCAACCAUUCCCAAGAGAAUUAAAUAACAAAAGACACGGCGGCCAUGUUGGAGGAUAUAACAAAAGAAUUCAUUAACAAUUCUUUUGUUAAGUUCCUCCAACAUGGCCGCCGUGAAAACCAUCAAUAGAGACUGUUCUUUUUGGUUUCCACCCACUUCCCUUUCCUUCCCCCAGGAAAAAAACUGAUUGGCUCUCAGUAUUAGCUCUUAUAGCAAUGAGAGCCAACCAGAAGAAGAACGUGUUGCAAAUAUUCCCUCUUCCAAUGUCAGUCGCUCGAACCAAAAAGACAGGUGUGAGUGACGUAUCGUGAUAUACCACUUAGUAUAGCGCUGUAAUUAGAUAAAUGAGUAUCUUCCUACAUUUAAGUGACUUUCAAGUGGAACCCAUUUGAUUGCAUGGGCUUUUUAUUUCACGAAAUACUGACUGAUUCGAACAUUCUUUUCUUUGCAAAUAUUGCAUGCAAGCUCUGUAAUUAGAUAAUGAGCAUCAUUAUCCUUGCAUUUUAGUGGCUUCCACGGGAUGGAAGGCCAUUUAAGUGCUUGGGUUUCUUACUUCACAGAAGAGUAAUCCUUCGACCAUUCUUUCACUAACAAAUAUUGCAUGCCAAAACUAGUUAUUACUGUGUGAAAAUGGCGUGAUAUACGCAAAGAUAAAUUUUAGUCAUGUCAGUAGGGUACGUGUGACAGACACAUAUAUUAAUAAUACGUAGUCUUAGUCUGGAAGUUUUCUAAAGUUUGUACAGUUAACGAACUCCAAUAGUUAUGAACAUCGCUUCCACCUAUUAGCAAUUCCGAACUUCAUGGAAAAACGGGGUCAAGUUGGCAUUGCAGUGCAUUUUUAGGGUACGACGCCAUCUUGGAACCGACGUCCAGUAAAACAGCCCCAUCAUGCACUGCAAUGUCAACUCGAUCCAGACUUUUCCUCAACCUCGUAAUGGCUAAUUAUAGGGUGGGCUGAAAUAUUUUCAACAGAUUUGGUACGAAUAUUAUAUAUUGACAAUACAGUAUAUCAGUAUAUCCUAACGUAAUACAGUAUAUGCUAUUUGCUUAGUUAAUGUUGCAAAUUCGUACCUUAACUGUACAAAAUUCAUUAAGUACCUCGAGUAACGAGGAAUAGAUCCCUCGCAGCACUUCAGAAUUCAGCUCAGUUUGUAGGGCAAAACAAUAGGUUUAUAGUACUCAGAAGAUUGAAAUUCUGGCCGAAAUUCUUUUGUUUUGUCCUAGAUCCAAAGAGUCCACUUACAGCACGUCGGAAUGUAGCUCAAUUACGAGGACAGAACAAUAGGUUUCCAAUUCUCAGGACAUUAAAAUUCUUUCGUUUUGUCCUUCAAAUUGAACUGCUUUGGCGUCACAUGCAAUGGGUCUAUUAAGGUGCAACAUGGUUUAAUAUAUUAGUUUUUUUAGGCAAAGCACGUUUUUAUUGUGGGUGGAUAGAGUCGGGCUGGAGACAUCCGUGGCCUUCCCCCUGACUCUAGUAGAUAUUAGACCUCUUUACCUUGGGUGUAAUAUUCCCAUCAYAGACCACGUGUCAUUCCCUCGAGUAUCAUUUCUUUGUUUUAAGGUUGUGCGUCAAAAGACACAUGAAUCAUAUGAUGAUACAACUCAAAAAAUAAUCUUAUUUUCUAGAGAACGAAACGUUAAACAUUACGCCAAAGGUAAAGAUGUCUAUUCCAUGACCUGCAAAAAAUAUAUAUAACUUUUAAAUAGUAGGAGAAAAAUAUAUAACGUAUCUUUUCUAGAUUUCAAAUUAUUAAGAAAGUAUAGCCAUGAAAUAGGGUCUCUUCUUGGUGCUGCAGAUCUACGAUUUUACUUCGUAUUUCAGAUCAUUUUGUUUUGGCUGUUUUUACUUCCCGUCUGCUCUACAGCACAAAGAAUGAGCCGUAUAAGAUCUAGAAGUUUUGAUUGACUAGAUAAAAAUGAUUAUAAAUGUACAAUAUAUAUAUUUGCAUACAACAGACUAUAUAGGCCAUGUGGGAUGGGCUCUUUAGUACAUAUGAGCAUGCGCCGGCACUUAUAAGCAUGUGUAAUCCUAGUUAAUCUCCCAUAAUCGUUUGUGAGUUAGGCGGACAGGUGUUCUGGUCUAGCUUGGGUGAAAACGACACCGUAUAAUGGUUGAAGAAAAAUACUUGUACCCAAGCUAGAGCAGAAUUCACCAGGUUUGUCAGUCACUUGACAAAAUUUUUAAGGCAACGGAUAGAUAUGUGCACGCACAUAUAUCUGUAGAAUAGUGGUAAAGUCUUGUAAUAAAUAUAAACAAGAAAAAAUGGAA